AUGCUGUGUGGUCUUUCGCAGGUCAGGAAAAAAUUUGCAAAUUUUGCUUUUGGGGAAAAUCGAUGCGCAUUGUUUCAUAGAGUCAAAAUCCUUCCUUCUACACCCAAACGACAAAGUAUCUCACAUUUACAAUUCCAGGGAUUCCUCGGACCCGGAGUCGAUGUGCCAGCUCCUGACAUGGGAACUGGAGAACGUGAAAUGGGCUGGAUUGCUGACACCUACUCACAGACUGUUGGACACUUGGACAGAGAUGCAGCCGCAUGUAUCACCGGAAAACCGAUCGUUGCCGGAGGUAUCCACGGACGAGUUUCCGCCACCGGCCGUGGAGUCUGGAAGGGACUCGAGGUGUUCAUGAAGGAGAAGGAGUACAUGGACAUGGUCGGACUCACAACUGGUAUUGCCGGAAAGAAGAUCAUCAUCCAAGGCUUCGGUAAUGUCGGCUUGCACACAAUGCGAUACUUGCACAGAGCCGGAGGCAUCGUGAUCGGAGUACAAGAAUGGGAUUGCGCUAUUACUAACCCUGCUGGAAUUGACCCUAAGGAGCUUGAGGACUGGAGAAAUGAGCAUGGAACGAUCAAGAACUUCCCCGGAGCCAAGAACUUCGAGCCCUUCACCGAUCUCAUGUUCGAAAAAUGCGAUAUCCUCGUCCCUGCUGCUUGCGAAAAAUCUAUUACUAAGGAUAAUGCUAACAGAAUUCAAGCCAAGGUUAUUGCCGAGGCUGCUAACGGACCAACUACUCCUGCCGCUGACAAGAUCCUUCUUGAGAAGGGUAACAUACUUAUCAUUCCUGACAUGUUUAUUAACUCUGGUGGUGUGACUGUCUCAUACUUCGAAUGGCUAAAGAACUUGAACCACGUCUCAUAUGGUCGACUCAGCUUCAAAUAUGAGGAAGACUCCAACAGGAUGCUUCUUCAAUCCGUACAAGACUCCUUGGAAAAGGCAAUCGGCCAUGAAGCUCCAGUAACACCCAACAAGGCAUUCGAAGCCAAGAUCGCUGGUGCUAGUGAGAAGGUCGGUUGGGCUAUUUUUCAAGGCACCAUCUAUGCAAAUUGAAG